UGCUGCCCUCUGAUGGCGGCCGCCGCAAGCGCAAGGAAUCGGUGACGUGAGGACCAUCCCGAGGAGGCGAGGUUUGCAAGUGAUUGAAAAGUGAUCUUGGUGCUUCAGCACCCAACCGCCUGAAGAGAUUGUCAGCGGUGGUCAGCUUCGGCGACACUUCUUGCCAGUGCAUGAAAUUGUGUGUGUCUGUGUGUGUGUGUGUGUGUAUGUUGGAGAGAGAGGAAUGAUAUUAUCCCGGGACUCUGCAGAUGCUAGGGAUUGAAACGGUGCAGGGAGGAAAAGUUGCAAAGGCGGUUGGACAGGAGUCGGCGAAGGAGAGGGAUGUCACCAGGGCGGAGGAGUCUCACGGGGCUUCUUCGAUCGAGCUGGAAAUGCGGAGGAGAAAUGUCCUUCCCCGGUCACCCCGCCAGGCUGGGUCAUGGAGUUUGAAUCUCACCCGUUUGGGCACCGGCAGAAUCCGCGGCGUUGCAUGGGAAUCUUUUUGACACAUUGGCACGAAGCGAGGGCUCGAAGCGGCUGAAGUUGGCGAAACCUACUUACAUGGAGACGGCAGUCCUUCCAAGAUGACUUUUGCGGAGUUUACCAAUGAGAGCUUGGACGGGAACUGCUCCAACGCAUCGGCUCUGAGCUAUGCCGUGUUUCCCAAUGAUUCCAUCACCGCCAACAGGUCGGGCCACUCGGACGGGUUGGAUGUCAGCCAAGCGGUGGCCCUGGGCGUUAUCCUCGGUGCCUUCAUCCUGUUCGCCAUUGUGGGCAACAUCAUGGUCAUUCUGUCGGUGGCUUGCAACCGGCACCUGCAGACAGUCACCAACUACUUCAUCAUCAACCUGGCCAUCGCCGACCUCCUCCUCAGCACCAUCAUCUUGCCUUUCUCGGCCAGCCUGGAGAUCUUUGGCUACUGGGCUUUCGGGAGAAUAUUCUGCGAUGUCUGGGCUGCCGUCGACGUCUUGUGCUGCACGGCCUCCAUAAUGAGCCUGUGUGUCAUCUCCAUCGAUCGCUACAUCGGCGUGCGCUACUCUUUACGCUACCCGACCAUCAUGACCGAAGUGAAGGCGGUGUGGAUCCUCAUUGUCCUCUGGGUCACCUCCAUCGUGGUCUCGGUGGGUCCACUCUUGGGCUGGAAGGAGCCCGCCCCGGACGACGAUACCAUGUGCAACAUCACCGAGGAGCCGGGAUACGCCUUGUUCUCCUCUCUAUUUUCCUUCUACCUGCCUCUCAUGGUUAUCCUGGUCAUGUACUUCCGAAUCUACGUGGUAGCCAGGCGGACUACCAAGAGCCUGGAGGCCGGGGUGAAGAGGGAGAGGAGUAAGACCAUGGAGGUGGUCCUGAGGAUUCACUGCAGGAGUGUGUUGGACGAUUCCCACUCCAACUUCAAGAACAAGGGACAUCAUUUGCGCAGCUCCCUGUCCAUGAGGCUCCUCAAGUUCUCCCGGGAGAAGAAAGCAGCCCAAACUCUGGGCAUCGUGGUCGGCGUCUUCACCCUUUGCUGGCUGCCAUUUUUCACCAUCUUACCGCUGGGCGCUUUCUUCCCGUCGAUCAAGCCCCCGGACGUGGUUUUCAAGGUGAUCUUCUGGCUGGGUUACUUCAACAGCUGCAUAAACCCCAUCAUCUACCCGUGCUUCAGCAAGGAGUUUAAGCGAGCCUUCACCAGGCUGCUGAAGUGCCAGUGCCGCAGGAGGCGGCAUCCUCCCUGGCGCCUGCACAGCCAGCGGGACUGGCAGGCCUCCAUCAACAGCUCCGAGCGCGGCUUCAACGAGGACGCCAUGAGCCGGUCCGUCAUGAGCCAGGAGACGCUGUCCAUCAACAGCUCCUCCAAGCUGAGCCGCGGGCGGUGGGGGAGCAGCGAGCGAGGCGGCGUGGGCGUGGGCGUGGGCGGAGAGGCCAACCAAGCGCUCAGCCAUCACAGCUGGAGACUCUUCCCCUCCUUGUCCAACUCGCCCUUCCAACUCAGAGAGAAGAUGAACAACCUCUCCAACAAGUUCAGGGUGGGACAGCACCAGCCCUGCGCUCCAGCCCAACCCAAGGUAGAGGGCACGUCGGUGGAAUCCAUCUCCAUCGGCCUGUGCCAGGAGUUCAAAGAGCAAGCUGCUUAUCAAAUAUACGAUGUGACUGACUCCUUCGGGCUGAAAGAGACCGACAUUUAAGGUGAAGGCCGCAGGACUUCUCUGGACUGAGAUGCAUGUUCUGUAAACGUGUUUGUUCAAGGAUCGUUGAUGUUUUCGCAUUUCCAAUUUUGACUUGAGAAAGGAUAAAGGGUAUAAAAAAACACACACACGCAUGCCACGAAAUCCUUCAGCAGCUCCUUCGAUGCUGUUCCCUUUAUCUUCCUUGGGAUUUCUCUGGCUCAUGCUUCCUCCUGUUGAGAGUCAUAAAGCCAUACAGCAUGUAAACAGGCCCCCCAGCCCAACUCAGCUUUGACCAAGAUGCCCCAUGUAUG